AUGUCACGACCUCCCGAUCGUCGAGGCUCCAUGGCCAGCGGCCUCGCGCCGCCUCAAAACAUGAUGGCGCCCAUGCGCGGCUCCUCUGUCAUGGCUCCGUCACCUCCCAGUGCGAUCGCUCUGCCGCGAACCCCAUCCCGCGCUCCUAGUAGAGCACCGUCGCGCAUGGAGCCGCCUCCCUUGAGCGCAACCAUCGGUCCCUUGCCUGGCACUCUGCAGAAUCCGAUUGCCCCACGACGAAAGCGCCUUAUCGUUACAUGCGAUGGCACGUGGCUUGACUCUGACAACGGUCUUCUGAAUGGUCGCAAACAGUCUCCUUCCAAUGUCUCGCGCCUGGGUUGGGCCAUAAGGGACACUUCAAGAGACGGCUUCUCACAGGUUGUGCAUUACCAGGCUGGUGUUGGCACCCAUGGCGGCCGAAUAUCCAAAUUCCUCGGAGGUGCAAUCGGUUUUGGUCUCAAGGAGAACGUACGCGAGGCUUAUACCUAUUUGUCCGUCAACUGGCACCCCGGAGAUGAAAUCUUCCUUGUUGGUUUCAGUCGAGGCGCCUUCACCGCGCGAAGUAUUGGUGGCAUGAUCGGCGAUUUUGGCCUCCUCACACGAAAAGGGCUUCCACACUUCAACGAGAUCUUUGAAGACUACGAGAACAGGCACAACGAAAGGUACAUGUCCGACUUUCCUGACGUGCCGUUUGGUCCUAAAGGUCCCUUCGAUCGGAAAUACGUCCACGAACUCCAGCGUUUAGGUCUGACGACACUUGCCGUUCCCAUCAAAGCUGUCUGUUGUUGGGAUACAGUCGGUAGCCUUGGUAUUCCGCAGAUUCCACUGCUGGAGAAAUUUGGCAUCCAAACUCGCGAUCUCUCCAAGCACCAGUUCUACGACACUAAGCUAAACCCCUACAUCGAGAAUGCAUUUCAAGCUCUGGCGCUUGACGAGAGAAGAGGGCCAUUCUCGCCUGCGCUCUGGGAGAAACGCGAGGGCGACAAAGUCAACCUCAAGCAAGUCUGGUUUCCCGGCGUGCAUUCCAAUAUCGGUGGAGGCUACGAUGAUCAAGAAAUUGCCAACCUCACACUCGCCUGGAUGAUGAGCCGCCUUGAGCCGUUCCUCGAUUUUCGCAGCGAUUUCCUGAUCGGCGAGUACGAAGAAAACGUCAGGUAUUACAAAGAGACAGGUCAGAAACGCCGCUGGUGGAGCUUUGGAGAAAUCUACAAUUCCCUUCGUGGCAUAUACGGCCUCGCAGGCACAAAGAAACGCACCCCGGGCGAUUAUCACCGCGUUGACCCCAUGACAGGACAGGUUCUGAGCAAGAAGCUGCGCAACACAAAUGAGUACUUCCAUGCAUCAGUCCGUGCUCGUGUCGGGCUGAAAGGUCCCGGUGUUAGUCAGCGAGGUGUCUAUGACCCAGUAUCCUUAACAGACUGGACAUUCGAGCCCGAGCCUGCACGCAACGGCCAAGGAGGUAAUGCCGAUGGCAUGUCGGUGGUAUGGACAAACCAUCGAGCCGAUGUGGAAGGCGGCCAAGAGAAGAUCCCGGAAGCUAUCCUCUUGGAAACCGAGCUCGCAUUGUUGCGCAACAGCCCGCGCGUGGAAGAGUACAUCAGGACACUGAGGGCGCCAGUCAAGGAUAGACGACGCAGAAGGACCAUGAAUGGCGAUCCAACCAUGGUCAGUGGUGCCGUUCCGUUUGAGGAUGGCAGGAGGAGGGAGAGAAGUCGUCCACGAAGCAUGGUUGACUUGCCGGACGAGCCGAGGGACGAGGUCCGGGAAAAGCGUCGCAAAAGACGGAGUAGGCAUUUCGACGACUGA